CCGUCUGCAUCUGUAUGUAUGUAUGUACCUAUGUGACCGGGGCCUAUAAGAUACAGACCAAUGUUGAUAAUAAGUUUUUUGUUUUUUUCUACCGUCAUCCACCGUGAUUCACCAUGUUAAGUUCCAACUUUAUAUUGUUUGCGCAAUAAACUCAAUAAACCAUCGCAUGAAUAAAUAGUGAUUCUUUUAACCAACAAUAUUGACAACAGUCAGAUGAUGGAGGACUCGAUUUUGAUGACGACUUCAAUUCAAAAUGAGAUGUUAAUGUCAGGGUCUACAAUUGAAAAUGAAAAUGUCAGUGAAAAUAAAUCUAACAGUGAUGAAAAAUCUAAUAAUGAUGAAACAAAUGCUACUAUUGAAGAACGUUACAACAAGCUUAGAGGAUUGGCUAUUAAACUUAAGAAAAAGGUUUCUGAUUUGUCCGAUCAAAACAAAUUGUUAGAAACUGAUAAUCAAAAGUUAAACAGUGAAAAAGAUGAGCUUCAAAACAAAAUCCUUCGAAUGUCAGAGAGUGUCAAAAAAUUACAGAUCAUCCAAUCCCAAUAUGAUAAAUUGCAAGAUGAUGUGGAGCUUGUGAAAAAUGAAAACAAAAGACUAACUAAACGUCUAGAAAGCCUAGUUUUAGAAAAUGAUUCUCUGAAAGAUACAGUCAAUAAAGAAAAAAAAGAACUAGCUCAAUUGACUGCAAAAUUUACUAGCUUCACAGAAGAAAAUUCAAAACUAGAAACUGCAUGUGAGCAAUUGGAAAAGAAAGUGAAAGAUUUAAAUAAUGAACUCAAAGCUGAAUCAAUGGUACGUCAGCAGAAAACUAAAGAAUGUGAGGAUUUAAAAAAAUCUUUGGAAGCUGAAGUCAGAUCUCACAAGUCAACUCGCACUCGUCUAGAUGAUAUGAAACAUGACCGUACAAGCAAUAACGUAUUAUCAUUAGAAGUUGCUAAUUAUGAAAAAAGUAUAGAUACUAUAAAAAUUAAACUUGAUGAGGAAACCAAUAAACGAAUAAAUUUGGAAGGAACAGUCAGCCAACAUCUUGAAACUAUUGAAGUUCUUACUGCUAGAAUUUCAGAGCUUCAAGAUUCUUAUCUAGCAAAAACUACUCGCAUUACUACACUUGAAGAGAAAAAUCAAACAUUAGAAUUAGAUGCGCGAGAAGCUAAACUUGAAACUUCUAAAGCUCUAAAAGAAAAAGAAUCUCAUGCUAGAGAAGCUAGACGUCUUGAAACUGCAAAGAAAGAUUUAGAAGGAAAAAUUGAAUUAUUAACUUCUGAAAUGGCCAAGACAGAAGAAGAAAGCAGAUCGCGAAUCAAAACAUUCCAAAAUCAUAUAGAUGAUUUGAAACGUGAAACAGCACGACUAAAUUUAGCAUUGGAAAACAGCAAACGAGAAACGUCUCUCUUACAAGACGAGUUUGAAAAUUAUAAAUUACGAGCUCAAAGUGUUCUCCUUAAAACCAAAAAUAUUCCUAGUAAUCAUCUGGAAGAAGAAGUCGAAGACUGUAGACGUCAAAUUUUGUUACUAACUGAGAAGUGUGAAAGCUAUAAGGAAAGGACAGAAUCUUUGAUGAAAGAAAUUGUUUUAUUAAAAGAUGAAAGGACUCGUGGUAUUGCUUCUGAACAAGAACUAAUUUCUAAAUUGACAUUAUUGAGACAAGAUUCAGUAAUUCUAAUGGAAAAAUAUAAAAAUCAGGAAGCUGAAAAUCAAAGAUUGCAAAUGAAUCAUGAAAAAACUUUUGAUAAUUUACGAAGAAAUUAUGAAGAAGAAAUAGCUAAGAUCAAAAAGAGACACGAAGAGGAAAUGCGAAGUAUAAAAUUAGAAGUUACACUAAAUUCUACAAUAAAAUCACAAAUAGGUGCUAUAGAACCUAUACCAUCAGCCGCUCCUGUAUCGUCAACACCUCCAUUAGUCGAGAGAGAAGAAUGCGAGGGAUCAGAAAGUAUAGAAUCUUUGCAACAAUCAACAAAAAACUCGGAACGAAGUAUAGGAGGAAGAUGCACACCACCUCAAACGCCAAUAACACUGACUCCGUUAGAUCAGUUGUUAGAAUUCCCUUUCGAUGAGCACGAGGUUGUGUCAAGAGUUCCGAAAGACAGUCCCGAAGUGAUAGCUUACAAAAAUCGUGUUAAACAUUUAACGGAAUUGCUGGCCGAUGCGGAAAGGGAUAUAGCGAAACUCACCCAGCUUAAUCAGUUACUUAAAGAAGACAUUAGAAGACAAAAACGCUAUGUUGAACGAGAAAAGGAGGCUGUAAAUUUCGAGUACCUUAAAAAUGUUGUCUUCAAGUUUUGUACUUUAGAAAAUCGAGAUGAACGUAGUCGACUAGUUCCUGUACUUGACACUAUUCUCAAAUUAAGCCCUGAGGAAACACACAAACUGAAUGAAAUUGUAUCAACAACUGGAGGAGCAACUCGCAAGAAGAACUGGAUACCUGGUUGGAGUUCGGGUUAAUUGUAUAUUGUACAUUCGACAACAUUCUUAUUAUCUAGUUUCAAGUAAUUGCUUAUACAUUGGCUGUUAUUAUUAGUUUUCAUUAUCAAAUGUACAUUUGUAUUUAGAUACUUUCUCUCUCUCUCUCUCCCUAUAUAUGUGUGUG